GAUUCCCGACCUAAAGCUGCUGAAUCGUGUUUUCUGUCGGCUUCCUCCUCCGAGCUGCUUCACUUCAGUUUUCUAGAAACUACCCGAGGUGCUUUUGAUUCGUCUAUCUACCCGUUCUCUACGGUUCCUCAUCAUGCUCCAUCGUAGGUUAAUCCUGAUCGGUGCCUUGCUGUCAUUCGCCAUUUCCUCACUGGUGGCCAUAGAGUCCUGCCCGGCUGCAUCGAUGCCUGGGAUGCCAGGUAUUCCUGGGCUGCCGGGCAGAGACGGUCGUGACGGGCAGAAAGGACUGAAAGGAGACUCAGGAGCUGUGUUGCACGGUGCUCUCAGGCCUCAGAAGGGAGAAAAGGGGGAUCCGGGGCAGAUUGGGUUUGCUGGGAAACGAGGACAGAGCGGAGAACCUGGAGAACCCGGAGUCCCCGGGCACGGUGGACCUCCAGGAGUACUCGGAGAACCAGGGGCUGUUGGGGUCCAGCAGCAGGCGGCCUUCAGUGUUGCCCGGGGAACCAACUCACACCCGGACCAAGCCAGCGUGAUCCGGUUCACCAACGUCAUCACCAACAUCAACGACGACUACAACACAGAGACCGGACGCUUCAGGUGUCGGGUGUCAGGGACGUACUACUUUGUGUAUCACGCCUCUUUGGAUGAUAAACUGUGUGUGCUGAUGAAGCUCGACCAAGUUCUGCUGGCAUCGUUCUGUGAUCAUCGCCGCUCGAGGAGACAGGUGACGGCGGGCAGCUUGGCGGUCUACCUGUCGAGGGAUCAGGAGGUUUGGUUGGAGACUAAAGACUACAGAGGGAUGACAGGAAAACAGCAAGGAUACAGCAUCUUCUCCGGCUUCCUGCUGCACUCCCACUGACCUGCAGGACGGACAUACUGACAGCCUUUUUCCUCAUUAUUAACAGAUUUAAACUCCAAGGCUGAAAUGUGAUGCAUUUUCAAGUCUAAUGUCUAUCCUAUUUGAAAUAAAAGAACAUAUUUGACAUUUA